AUGGGGUCGAGGCCCCCCGCCGCGGCGCUCACGCACUGGUGCGGGGUCCGCCACCUGGUCCAGCUGGACCGCCUUGACCCUCCGCGAGGACCCGAGAGGUGCAUCCCCCUGCUGCGGGCCGACGUGAGAGCCCGGCUGGAGCUGGACGCGGUGCCACCUGGAGCCGAGUGGCCGGAGGAGCAUGCCGUCAAGGCAGUUCACGGCAGCUCGGGCCUCGAGGCUGCGUUCGCGAAGAUUGUGGGGCAGAGGUGCAUGGUCGACAAGUUGGCGGGCCUCGCAAAGAUGAAGCACAAGCGCCUGUGGCGGAACGACAUGCCGCUGGUGCUCCUGCUCACGGGCCCCUCGGGCACGGGCAAGACCAUGCUCGCGAAGCAGCUCGCAGAGGUGUUCCUGGGCAGGCCCAUUGCCGAGCUCGUGAGCGCCGGUCGCUUCAAGACGUUCCACAUGAACGUAUUCAACCAGGCUGAGAUGGUGAACAGCUUCCUCGGGCCGCCCAGGGGGAUACAGGGCACGGGCGACCUGCCCGACCUGAUCAGGCAGUGGCCCGACGCGGUCGUGCUGCUGGACGAGGUGGAGAAGGCGCACCCCAGCUUCUCGAAGGCCCUGCUCAAGGUCUUCGGCGAGGACGGGGCCGUGUACGACCCGCGCACCGGUCAGGACUUCUCGACGGCCAAGGUCACCUUCAUCCUCACCAGCAACUUGGGGAAGGAUCUGAUCAUGAGGCACCCCCAGGCAGCCGCCAAGCAGGCGGACCACAACUGCAGCGGCUAG